AUGACACAAGAAAUAGAAGGUAACUGGGACAUAGUAAUAGCAUCACUUCAAGAUAUCUGUAACUCCAAUGAAUCACUUUCAUUCAACAACACUCAUGAUGCCACCAAUUUUUCAACAUUACCACCAGAUGAACUCAUAAAAUUACAACAAGAUAUCAUAGAUCAUAAAUCAAAUAUAGGAACUGCUAAACGAUUAAUCGACACCUCACAACAAAACCUAAUGGCCAUAAUUGAACAAUUACAAAAACGUGCCGCUGCACAACAAGCAGCUGCAGUUGCAGCUGCCGCCGCUUCUAAAAAAUCCGAACAAGUAUCCAAUAAACGUGCCACUAGAACCGGAACUCCUUCUAAGACAAGCUCAGCCAGAGAAGGAGGAGGCGGAGGCAGAUCCAAGAAUACGAGAAAAGUAGGUCGUUCAUUCUGGACAUCGAAAUAUAACCCUUCAGGACCGGUGAUUGUGGGGUCAGAAGUGGCGUAUAAAUUAAAAAACCGUCAUUCUGAAGAAUGGAUUCAAUGUGAAGUUGUAAAAGUUAUAAGUGAGAUGAAAUUUGAGAUUAGAGAUCCUGAGCCGGAUGAAAAUAAUAACCCGGGUCAAACAUUCAGGGCAGGGUAUAAAGAGAUUUUAUUGAUUCCUCCAGAACGUAAUAAUGAACGAGAUGAUGAUGAGGAUGAGGAUGACGAGGAUGAGGACGAUGAUGAGGUGGAAGAAGGUGGAUUGGUGAAUUAUGUAUAUGGAACGAAAGUAUUAGCUAGAUAUCCUGAGACUACUACCUUCUAUCCUGCUGUAGUUGUUGGGAAUAAGAAAGAUGGAAAAAUUGUACGAUUAAAAUUUGAUGGUGAAGAAGAAGUAAAUAAAGAAACGGAAGUUGAAAGAAGAUUGGUUUUACCAUUUCCUGAGAAGUAA